CUUAUUCUCUGGUUCCCGGGGGAGCCAUGUUAGGUCGCAGAUGCAAGCUAUGCUGCUGUUCUGAGAUCGCCACAUUGUAACAUCUGCUUUCCUCUGCCGCCGCCGCCUUCAACAGACGUGUUAUUUCAAUAAAUGAAAAUGCGCACAUUUUUUUUUUCUACAGAACGAGUUGCUUCAUGGGUAUAAUGUGAAGUGUGCGUUUAGGCGGUGAGGCGCGAAGCUGGCGAAGAGGUGCCCUGUUUUGCCUGCCAAGCCUCUAAACCAGGAAAGACUCAGUACUCACUCCCACUAUCCAGGAAGCGCCCAGCUUGGGUUUCCCGCAGCCAGAAGGGAGUUUGAGUGACUUUGGCCCCUCGCGGCCCCUGUAGCGUCCCUAGUUACUGAGCCCCUAGUAACCGCCCGCCCCAAGCCGGGAGCCGCCGGGGUGCCUGAGUCGGCGCCAGCUUCCCCCGCCCCGGGCCAGCGCGGGCGCUCAGGCCUCGGAGGCGUGGUGAUGGCCGACUCGCACGGAGCGGCGGAACUGGCGGCCUCCAGUCUCGAAAUCUUGAAAAAUCCCAGCACUGGAGCGCCGGUCGCCCAAUACAAACGCGAAGACAAUUUAGAGGCCCUGGCGGUGGCGGUGGCGGCGGCUGUGGCCUUGGAGGAGGAGGAGGAAGAAGACGGAGAGGAGAAGGCGGUGCUGCCGGCGCUGGCGCGGGCUGAUUUUAACAGCAGCAUUUCUGAGGUGGAUGAACAAACACGUAUAAGUGAUGAGGACUUUGUGAACUUCUCUGAUAUAUACCACUCUAAUGAAGAGUAUUUUAGGAAACUAGAAAAACUGAAAGCUGCCCACUUGGAAACUAUGGCAAAGUUAGAGAAGAUGUACCAGAAUAAAUUAAAUUUAAAAGAAGUUCAGCCAGUGAUCAUCAGGGAAGAAGUUUCUAGUGUCUCUUCCAGGUCUGAUUCAGAAAAGAACUCCUAUCACCCUGUCUCGUUAAUGACAUCAUUUUCAGAGCCUGAUUUAGGGCAUUCUUCCUCCUUGAUUAUGUCUUCCUCUGAAGAUGAGUUGCCCAACUCAGAAAAAGAGUAUCCUGAGAAAAAGAGGGCGAUGAGCUAUGCUAAAGAGCUCAUCAACAACAUGUGGACAAACUUUUCUGUUGAAGAUUAUAUUCAGUGUAAAGAUGCUAAAUUCCCAGCAGUUGAAAAAACAAAGAAGAAACCAAGAGAAUGGGUGCCAAAGAUUACAGUACCUGAGCCUUUUCAAAUGAUGAUCCGGGAACAGAGGAAAAAAGAAGAGAACAUGAAAUCUAAAUCAGACACUGAAACGGUACGCCAACUGCUCAAAAAACAAGAAGAGGAAUCAGAAUGUAAGAAAAAAUUCCGAGCCAAUCCGGUUCCUGCAUUCGUCUUUCUCCCCCUUUAUCAUGACAUACUCAAGCAAAAUGAAGAACGCAGGAGAUGUUUGAAGGAAAAAACCAAAGAAGCUCUUUUGGCCUCACAAAAGCCAUUUAAGUUUAUUGCAAGGGAGGAACAGAAGCAAGCAAUCCGGGAAAAGCAGCUGAGAGACUUGUGUAAGUCUAAAAAGAAAACAAAUCGAUUUAAGGCCAGACCUAUACCCCGAUCUACUUAUGGCUCAACCUCCAAUGAAAAGUUAAAAGAAGAGCUGUACAGAGACAUUAUGACCCAGCUGAGAGCCCGAGAGCUUUUACAGAAUUCAUCCCCUCUGCCUUGUAGGUCAGGUCACACAAGUGCUCCGAGGAAGCUCAAGUGUCCUGAACAGGCUGAAAAGCUGGAGUGUAAACACAAGUUUAGAUGCCAGACUGCUGAUUUUGAAGACCAUCCUCGGAGAUACCAGAAACACCUCUCAGAACAGAAGUGUUUAAAAUUCCUCACCGGCCAUAAACCAUCUGAUCUUCAUGCGGCCUCCAAUACAUCCACUAAAAGAGAGAAAAUUGUGGCAGACAUUGCAGCCAAUGAAGAACAUUUGAAAGAAACACGGCCCAGUCUGUCUCCAAGGCACAAGCCAGCAGUUAGAAGUGCAAGUGCAAAGCCUGUGCCUUGUAACUGCCACCCUCCGAUGCCCACGGUAGCUUCCAGAGGAAGAGAACAAGCCACGAGGAGAUCACUUGAGGAAAAGAAAAUGUUGGAAGAAGAGAGAAAUCGGAUCCUAACUAAGCAGAAGCAAAGACUGAAAGAAUUGCAGAAACUCCUGACAAUCCGGGCUAAGGCUUAUGACUCACAUCAAAGUUUAGCUCACAUGUCAAAAUCCAGAGUCAUAUCUCUCAGAACCCCUUCACAGAACACUGGAAUUCUGCAGUAUAAAGUUUGAAAACCAGUGUUCCAGAGGAACAUUUUUAUGUAAAAAUGUUCAUGUUUAAGUAGGAAAAUAUCACCCCCAAAGCUCGGUAAGUUAUACGGUUUAUUAAUUUUUAAUCUGAUUUAUAAGUACCCCCCAAACCUAUAUUUGCUUUUAAUUAUGAGUGUUCCUUUUUAAAUACAUACUAUUUAUAAUAAUAAUUAUAUUCCUUUAUAAUGUAUAUUAUGUUUAUAUUCCUUAUAAUGUAUAUCAGUGUAAUUCAGUGAUGGAGCUUAAUUUGAUGAACUUGAGCAAAAAUUUUUAGAAAUAUACUGUUCACCCUAAGAACGUAAACUGAAUUUUUCAUAAUACCAAUUUUGUGUAUAAUUAAGCAUAAUUACCAUUCUAUAGUACAAUUAUUUUCUCUAAUCCAUGAAAUCUUAUUACCUUAGUAGAGUUAGUAUGUUUUACAGAAAGGAAAUAGAGUAUUUUAUUCAUUAUAAGAUCUUGUGCAAAUAGUAAGUACAUUUACUAUGAAUUUAUGUAUUUUGGUUCCUUUUCCUCCAUAUGUCCUAUUCCUUUACUCCCUAUUUUCCCCUGACCUGCUCCCAUUUAAUUACCUUUGCCACCAACCUAUAGGAGAUCUUGUUUUGGGAGAAAAAGAAGAGCAAGGUCUUGGUUUUCGGAAGAAAUUCCUUAAAGAGAAGAUACCUAAUUUGGACUGAAUUUUCUUGGUUUUCUGCACUUAAAAUUGAGUUAAGAGGGCAUCUGUUCAUCUCUUCAAGCCAGUUUAAAGCAUAUUUAAUAUAUUAUGUCUUGAAAAUUUCAGAAAUAUCAGAAUAUCCAGACUGUUCCCAAGAUGUAAAAUGUGUGCUUUCACCACCUAGGGUUUUUAUUCUGCACUCCAUAGACAUUUACCAGUCUAGGAAAGGAAUUAUGGUAAACUGUAAGCCGUGCUCAUAAUUUAAUUCCUGAUUUAUCAUCUAAGCUAAAUGUUAUAUGUGUAAGUUACUAUUUCUUUUUAAAAUUCCAUUCCUUUUAUU